AUGCAAUUACAAGAUUUGCCUCCAGAAAUUUUGAAAUAUAUUUUUGAUUUUCUGACUUUAAAUGAAAAAAUUAAAAUUGAACGUGUAUGUAAAGACUGGAGAAGUUUAUGUUGGAAAUUUGCCUGGGUGGAUUUUAAAGAUUUAAUUUUUGAUUAUGAAGAUUUACUUUUAUAUAAAAAUUUUAAAAAUACAAAAGAAUUAAUUAAUAAAGGAUUGGAAGGAAUUGAGAGUGUUAAAAAAAGUAAAUAUAAAUUAGUUGUUUUUACUCCACCAAGGCUUGAGGAACAUAAAAAAUUCCUUUGGAAUAAUACACUUGACAAAAAGCGGCCUUCAAGAACUGUUGGUUUUUAA